AUAUGUGUUGUAUAUAUUAUAAUAUAAAAUGACAAUUGCAGCAAAUGUUAAAAAUUUGAAUGGAGAAGAAAUUGAUGAUGCUGUACAGAUUAUUACGAACGAAUAUGAGUCAAGAAAACGACGAAAAAGGAAGUUAAGAAGCCCUGAGGACCCAAGCCGUUUAGAAAAACUUAAUAAAGAUUCUUAUGAAAAUACGGAAAGGGAACCUUUAGCAGAGAGAGCAAGGCGUUUAACUACUACGAGUACAAAAAGUUCUGACAGUACUGUUACAGUUAAACGAGGCUAUGACAAAGAUACCUUUGUAUACUUUUUAAAAAGACAUAAUCUGAAGGACUGUGAAGAAAACUUGCGUAAAAGUAAAAUUGAUUGUCUACAAACAUUUCUGGAACUUAAUGAAGAGAAAUUAGAACAACUUGGACUUGAGUAUGGACAAGUGAGAAAAUGCUUAAAAGCUAUAGGAGAAGCUAUAGGAGAAGCCACAACGAAGCCAAAGAAAGAAACACUGGCUACAUAAAUAUCCAUGUGAAUUUUUUGUUUAUGUGGAUCGAUAUGAAAACUUAAAAAAGGUACAGUUUGGGCUUUAUUGUGCCCUAAAUCUCUGGCAAUAACAAAAGUUGACUAGAUGAAUAUGAUAAAUCAUUAAAGAAUAUUACAUGAAGGAGGACCAUUCUGGAAAUAUGAUGUCAUUAAUUUGGUACAUUUCUAAGUUAAAUACAGAAAAGCCUCAGUACGACUCAUUUCUGUGCUUAUUUUCUUUUUAGAAAAUUGUGUCUGUCACCGUUGUCCACUUAAUUUUUUUAUAUAAUAUGUAAACUGCUUUGAAAAAUCACAUAUCUCAAAAUCUUCGUGGGCAAGGUUGGCAGGGCAUGUUUUCUGAAUUAAAAUUCCACUGAAAGUUGAUGUCUUAUGCAACUUUUUAAGAAAGUACGGGAAAAUUCACAAGUUAAUGACAUCACCACUAUUAUUUAAGAGUACAAAUGGAACAAACGAUUUGUGUAUACUUACUGCAUGGAAUCCCUAUGGAUAAGUCAGAACGAAUUUUUAUUUCUUACAUCACUUUCAUAUUUUGUAAAAAAUACAGGGCAUAAUUCGUAUUCAAACUGUACCUUGUUCUUUCAUACAGCCUUUUUUAAAGAUCAUUCCUUGGACAUAAAUAAAUAUACAAUAUUUCUUGAUGAAAUUCAAUAUAUACAGAGAGCACACGAAAAGUGUGUCCUGUCAACACGGUAUGCUUACUCCUCAAGGCAUUUAGAUAAAACCCCUGGAAUUACCGAAGUCCGUGUUUUCUGCUUUAUUCUUAGAUUUCAAAACCCAUAUAUAGAAUAUACGCAACAAAAUGAAU